AUGAUAUUCUCCAAUCAAGAAACGCUCAGAAUCUAUCCUGUAAUGGGGUGGUUGGAUCAUGUCGCUACAAAAGACUAUCAAAUAGACAAACACUUAACAAUUCCUGCUGGCACACCCGUUUACAUCAAUGCCGCGGGUAUGCAGCUGGAUCCGCAGUACUUCCCUGACCCCAUGGUAUUCGAUCCUGACUGGUUCCUACCAGAAAAUGUUGACGUUCCUGCCUUUCGGGGAGGGACCAAGGAUGUGCAUUGGUUUGUUUUUAUGAAUCCCUUAUAUUUGUAA